CCACCCCGGCAACGCCUUUAAGACGGGAUAGAGUUGGGGUCGGGGCUGGCAGGAGAGUUUGGCCAGUAUUGGAGUCGCGUUGGUCCGGAGAGUUUGGCCAGAACUGACCUCCCACUGGCCGGAGUUGUGGCCAGUGCUGACCUCCCGCGGGUCCGGGAGAGAAGGAGAGUGACGGCGCUUGGAGCCGGGUCACCAUGCCCGGCCCGGCCGUGGAUGCGGACGGAGCCUGUGACGAGGGCGAGGGGCCGGAGCGGCGGCCGGGGGAGCGGAGGGGCAGAGGCCGGGGGUCAGCGGCAGAGGCCGGGCCGGACCAGGGGCCGGACAGUCGGGGCAAGAAGCGCUGCCGGCCCGUGCGCUCGAAGGCUCGGCGAGUCGCGGCCAAUGUUCGGGAGAGGAAGCGCAUCGUGGAUUACAAUGAAGCGUUUAACGCGCUGCGGCUCAGCCUGAGACAUGACCUGAACGGCAAGCGCUUGUCCAAGAUCGCCACUCUGCGCAGAGCCAUCAGCAAGAUCUCCAGCCUGUCCUCACUGUUGCGCUCAGACCGCUGCUGCCCCGGCCUCCCGCCGCCUCUCGGGCACCCUGGACCCCCGGACUACACCCACUCCGGCCCCCCGGCACCGCGCUUCCCCGAACCCCCCUUCUACCUCCCACCGCCGCCGCCGCCGCCGCUCAGUUUCCCGGAGCCCGAGCCGCCGUUGCCCGCGGCCCCGCUCUGUCCUGGCUCCAGGGCCGGUUGUCACCAGAGACACCUCGACACGUUGGCCGAAUCCUCGCUACCCCUCGCCUGGCAUUUCAACUACUUCCCCGGCGCCGGCUACCAACACACGCUGCCCAUGCACUGAGCGCCGCCAACACAGGGUGUGGAGAUACUUGCUGCCCGACCCGGCUC